AUGGGUCCAUACAUCACAGCCAGGAACCCUGACAACACAGCAAAGGAUGGAAUUAACUACAUUGAAAGCUUACACUGUGUCUCCAUGGACAAAAUCAUCGAUAUUCUUGCUGUCAUCAUUGCUGUGGUUGGAGUGGCAGGAAAUGCCAUAGUGUUAUGGCUUCUGGGCUUCCAAGUGCACAGGAAUGCCUUCUCUGUCUAUGUACUCAACCUAGCUGGGGCUGACUUUCUCUUCCUCUGCUUUCAGACAGUGAUAUUACUGAACCACAACCUCUUAUUGUUCAGUGGCAACCCCUUCCAUGUAACAUUAUAUCUCUCCAUUAUAGCACUCACUCCUUACCUUGCAGGUUUAUGUAUGAUUGCAGCCAUCAGUGUUGAGCGAUGCCUGUCUGUUUUUUGGCCCAUCUGGUAUCACUGCCAGAGACCAAGACACAUGUCAUCUGUCCUGUGUGCCCUGCUCUGGACCUUCUCUCUACUGUUAAGCCUACUGUUAUUGUUUGGUUGGAUUUUACUGUUUAGUGGUUAUGAAUAUUCAUUCUUUGGGACUGUUGCUUUUACCAUUGUUGUAAUUAUAAUAGUACUAUCUGUGAUUCCUUGUGGAUUCAACCUGGCUCUGUUGGUCAGGAUCUUCUAUGGAUCACAGAGGAUUCCUGUGACCAGGUUGUAUGUGACCAUUGCAUUCACAGUGCUGGUCUUUCUACUCUUUGGUCUGCCCUUUGGUAUCUAUUGUAUGCUUUUCAUUUUGCGUAAAAAGUUGCCUAGCAUUUUCUCUUGCGAUAGUAGUCAUAUUAUAAAUUUCCUGUCCUGUGUUAACAGCUGUGCCAACCCCAUCAUUUACUUCUUUGUUGGCUCCAUUAGGCAUUGCAGGUUCCAGAGGCAGUCUCUAAAGAUGCUUCUGCAGAGAGCCAUGCAGGACACUCCUGAGGAAGAAGAUGGAGAGAGGGGUUCUUCAAGAAAUCCUGGAGGGCAAGAAACAGUCUUGUGUAGUAGCUGA